AUGCAACACUGGCCAACUGAGUCUUCGGAAACGCGCAACCAACAAGACAAUCCCUCGGACACCUCUCUCCAAAGUCAGCAUGGCUUUCGUCACUCUCACCCGAUCGGCGUCGACCAGCUUCGCCGCGCCGACCCGGGCAGCGCAUCCCCGCACUCUGUCCCGGACAACGGCCGCCGUGAGUCACUUGACGCCGUCAGUGCUGCUCAGCUCGACGAAAAGCUUCGCAGGUUGAGCUUCGCCAGCGGCCAAUCCGCCGAUGCUCACCCCUUCAUCGCCGGUCAGCGAGUUAUCGACUACGAAAAUGCCCACACGCCGUCGCCGCAGCAGGCGAUGGGCUUCAAAGUCAUCAAGCGAUCCAACCCGCACCCCGAUAGUGUCCAGCUCGCGGACUUUCCCAAUGAGAUCUUGACGCACAUCCUAUCUCACCUACACCCCGACUCUCACUCGGCCGUCGCGCUCGUGUCGAAACGCUUCUAUGCACUUGUCACCACCCCUCAUGCCUGGCGAAUGGCCUUCUUGCGAUUCUUCCCUGGCCAUGAUGCUUUAGCUGUAAAGCAAGAGCAGGCUCGCUCGGGUCCUCUGGAACAAGAUGUCUCCGAAUUCGUGCGAUCCGAAGCGCGCUACUUUGCGCGUCUGACGCCUUUGGCAACUUGGAGAAGCGAAUACCUGUUGAGAACUCGUCUUUUGAGGGGUCUUGUGAGGGGCAAGCCGGGAUCUGGCAUUGGUUCAUCAAGUCGCAGCAGCAAGAAGUCGAGCGCCGUGCUGACUUACAAUUCUAAGCUGCCUUGGGUUGUGACCCAUGUACACGCCGUUUUCUCCGCCGCCGCAACGAAGAAGCCCCCUAUGGCCAUUCAUGGCGCGGCUGACUUGGGCGUUGGCACGAUCAGCGAUCCCACCAACGGAAGGGUAGAGAAAUGGGGUUUUAGCGAUCCUUUUUCGACGCUUCAGCUGGACGAGGUGAUGCCAAACCUGGAGCCGUAUGGGCUUGGCGACGGACCUGCUGGUUGCCCCAACGUCAUGGAUGUCAGCCAACCGUAUGGUCUUCUCUCUGGCGAGGGCUUCCCCGGCGGGCGUGCCUAUUACCGCCCGACGAACGAGCUGCGUGGUCGAUACCUCGGCAGUGACACUGGAGUCAUCGAUACCUAUCCCGACAUCCCAAAGAUUCCGGAACUGUCAGAAGCAAUUUCUAGUGUUUGGGUCGCCAAAUCCACCGCGGUACCCAACAUGACGCACUCGACAGUUGGCAUGAUGACUGGAUCAACCCUCGGAAUCGUAACAUCGUACGCUCUAGGGGGUGAUGGCAGUGGUCCACGACACACCAAUGGCGAGAUGACAGCCCGUUGGGUCCUGAGUCCAGGCGUCCCGAUCGUCUCCAUCAAGGUCGAUGAUCAGUACACUCAGAAGCGCAAGACUGCCCAGCGAGUCUGGGCAGUUGCUCUGAAUGCGCUGGGUGAGAUCUACUACCUAGUCGACGUGCCGAAGUCGCUUGUUGAUCGAGCCAAGGGUGAAGACGUCACCAAGAAUGCUUGGUACGCUGGACGAACUGUGUAUUGGCAGCUCAUCGAUCACACUCGGCGUCAGGCACGACCCGACGAGCUCGACAAGCAUGCGCUGCGAGGAGCUUACUCGCCUCGUUCCCCUGCGGACGCCAUGAAAUUGAGCAAGGAGCAGCUCGUCGCGGAAGCUCGCGAGAUUGACAAGUUUCUACGCUACAAGCCCUCCCACUUCCGCAAGGUUUGCGAUGGGUGGGAUAUGCGCAGGCGAAUUGAGGUUGACUUCGCCAACGACGACGGUAGCGGCGCCGGCGAGAUCAUCGUCUCUAUUCGGUGCGGUAUUGACAACACCCAACCGCAAAUCACGCGGUGUGUUAGGUCCGUCUCGCAGGCGCCCCAGCCGGGUGCAGACGAAGUCGCCAAACCACCCGAGGAAACGGUUCCCACUUCCAACUCUCUAUUCGGAGAUGGGUUCGUCGAGCUGAAGCCUGUGAUCACUCACAACGCGACAAAGGGGCAUGAGACACCCAUUUCUACGGGCUCAUUGACUCCACCGGCGACACUCAGCUCAUUGGACGAAUGGACAAUGGCUUCCAUGGCGCUGGGCCUCCACAGCAAGUCAGAGAUCACAGCGUCGGCCGUGGAUCUUUCCUCGCACGCUUUGCUUACGCUGUACGAGGACCCUCUUCACUUCGGCCAGAAAUCAGCAGCCACCCCAACCAUGACGCCGCAGACUGCUGAGUCGGUCGCUGAGAUUCCUGGACGGAGAACUCGUAUGCUGGCAAUAGGCACGAAGACUGGUGGCGUGGUUGUUUGGAACAUGCGUGAGCCUCAAAACGCCGAGGUCGAGCCUCUGCGAAUAAUCCAGACGGAGUCGCCGGAAAUUACCUGCCUGGCCCUGACAGCUCUCUACCUUGUCCACGGUGGGAGUGAUGGGCUGGUUCAAGCAUGGGACCUGUUGGCCUCAUCCCUUGAUCCCCUCCGCACCCUGAACGCACGCUCCGCGGGACGAGUGCCUCGUCAUAUGUUGACGAUGAACCCUGCUCUCAGCGGCGAUACCUAUCCGGCUGCACGCGCCAUCUACCUCGAUCCCGACCCGACAGUCCUGCGCGGAAUCACGUCGUUCGGGGCGUUCCUCCGUUACUGGGCCUACAGUGCCACCACUCAACCACCCGGCCGGAAGCGUCGCCUCCGUCACUCGGAUAUCCACGGCCGCCUCGCAACACGUCGCCAGGGCGGUAACGUCUCGGGAUACAUCGCCGCCGAAACUGCGGAACUCCGCCGAGAGCAGGAGCAGAAGGCUCGUGAAGAUGCCUGGCUGCGUAACCGCUUCGGUGUUGGUGCAUUCGGCGACUUGACCGAGGAGGAAGCCAUCCAGUAUGCAGAGAUGAUCUCCCAGGAGACGCUCUUGCUUGAGGAGCAGCGUCGUACCAGUGCUAGCGACACGGGCUCGGCGGCCGACGGUGGCUUGGACACUGCCUCGUCUUUCAGCGAAAGCACCGUCGACACCGUCACGCCCGAGCCCAGCGUUACUGGAUUCACGCCGCCCCCUCCUGUGCCCGAAGAGGACGAGUAUGAGAUGCAGAUCCAGCAGGCGCUUCGACUCUCGCUCAUGGAAUCCGGUAACGACAUGGGCGCGUCGCCGCGAGGUAACAGCUCCGGCGACUACGAGGUCGCGUUUAAGUACAAGCCCAAGCCUGCGAAGAAGACGAAGCGGUCUUCGUCCACGUCGCCGUCUGCGAGCUACACGCCCGUCGCUGGGUCCAACGCCGUGGGGUCCUCGAGCAGAGCGACGCCGCGCGACGAUGAUCUGGAACUCGCGCUGGCGCUCAGCGCCGGGUCGUCUAGCAGACCUCCGCCGCAGGAAGACGAUUUUGAACUGGCGUUGAGGCUCAGUCUUCAAGAGGCCACUGCCAACGGUCAUCCAGAUCUUAAGGUCGAGCAGGACCCGUUCCAGCAGGAAGAGUUCCCCGUGUUGGAGACGAGGGGGAAGGGGAAGGGGAGAAUGUGA